AUGACUGAGAGUGCAUACCUCAAAUGCAGUGUUGGUCCUGUGCUUGCGAAAGCCGUCGCUGAAACAGUUCUUGCUCAACCCAGCAACCCACAGGAGUACAUUGCUUUGUAUUUGCUGCAUGUAUUGCAGGAGGAGCAGAACGCUGCCAUUGCUGCCACUCGACAGGCGAAAGUGGAAGCCCUGAGGCAGGCAUGGGCGGGACGACGUGCACUGCGGGAGAAACGAGCAGCUGACACCAUUCAGCGAUUUUUCCGUCAGUGCCAGGCGGUAUUGCGAGCACGCCGUGCAGAGGAAGAGGAACUGUGGAACAAGUAUGAGGAAGCGGAAGCGGAAGCAGAUGAUUUACUAGGAGACGUGGCUGGUGAAAAGGAUCAUAGUGGAGACGCCCUGCCGGACGCAGCCGAUGUCGAUGAUGCAGCUGCUGCAGUGGAGGAUGCUCGUGUGGAGUUUUACAAGGCACACCGCUUCAUGCUUUACAUACGAAAGGCGCUGCUUGGCAUGUUGAAGAAAGAGCUUGUGGACCGCCGGGAGGAGGUACGCAUGGAACAAGACAAAAUGCACGACGCGCUAGAGGUUGCGACAGAGGAAGCGCAGAAGAAGGACGAAGCGGAGGCUAUAGCUGCUGCAACUAAAGGUACACUCCCCAGUUCCGAUGCAAUGGAGAAGCUUGUGCGCCAGGUAACCCUACGGCAACACGAAAAAAUUUCCGCCCCCAUGAUUUUGUUCCGUGUAUUGCGUUGUUGGUGCUAUUUCCUCUUUGACAGCACCCCCAAGCAGGUUAGCACACCGGCUGAUGUAGCCGCCCUGUUGAAACCCUUUAAAUUAAUGCAGCUGCUCCGUGCCUUUAAUCCAGUUGGAUCGUAUCAGCGGAGCCGUCCAUUACGCCUUGAGGACAAUCUCCAAAACGCCAACGAUAUGAACUCGGGGGAUGAUAUGCAAGAUGGAGAUGUCCCAAUCCCUCAACCCAAGCCUCGUCAGGCGCGCCGUGUAGGCCGCGUGCUUCGUGUAUUGUUGCACGACGGAGAGUACAUUUGUGGUGUCAACCCUGCAGAUCACAUUGAUGCCGAAGGUUCAGGGGCGGAUGAGGAACACGAGGCCCUAGAAGCAGCUGCUGCAGCCGCUGAUCGCGCUGCGAACAUCACCAGCCGAGUGGAGGAGACUGCUAAAAAGCACAGUGUUAUAUUGUACGCCCUGCUACGGCUACUUCGGACAGCGAGUGCGUACCGUGACGCACGGGACAAAUGGCUGCAGCUUCUCACACAAGCCGGACGUGAGGUCCCGGCGACUGUGGAGUUGCCUGAGGAGGAUGUGAACGAUCCGAAUGAUGAAGAGGCGCUGCGUGACGAAGACGACGAGGUCGAUGAGGCCGCAGUUCGUCGCCUCCUUCUACAGAUUGGUGUUGAUACAGAUGAAGCCCUCGCGAAGUUGUGGAUUGAAGCUGACAGUGUAGAGCGAGCCAAGUGGGAAGGGAUCGCCGCCGCACGUCUUGAAGAGGAAGGGCAAGAGGAGGGCAGCGGCGGUGAUGGCGAAGGAUCUGAUGGGGACGAAGGCAACUAA